UUCCCAUUGUUUUCCCUGUUCUCAGAGAAUUUAAGCCCCCUGGACUGAUUCUCUAAUUUUCUCACGUCAUCUUUCCUAUGUGCCGUCUCCUUUCUUUUGCUUUACUUGCUGGGAGAGUGCUUCAAUUUCUCUUUCAACCCUUUUGCUCAAUUUUUCAUUCCUUCCCUCAUGGUUUUAUUUUUCAAGUGUGUUUUCUUGGAUUCAAUCCUUUAUUAUAGUAUCUCUGACCUAAGCGCAUCAAUAUUUUUUUCCUUAAGUUUUACCCUAUGUCAUCGAAGGUGGGGUUUUUCUGGUUUGUUUGUUUGGGUUUUUUUCCCGUUUAUUUUGGUCUCUGCCUUCCAUGUUAGAAAGUUUCUGCAAACAUCUAGAAAUCUUUUGUCUUAUGUCUGCUCAUUUUAAGGGUGACAUGCUAAGAAGUUGACUGGAAGAUGUGUGGACACAGUUGGGACGUAUCAACUGUGGGUUUCACUAUGGGGUGAUCCGGCUAACUGCUUUCUUCGAGAGCCCCUGAUGUUAAUACCCUUAGAUCUUUCCUCUGAAUAGUCAAAAAUUCCCCAGAUGAGAGUCUUCCAGUCUCUGACCUGGAAGGUAUAAGCCUGGCUGCCAGAGUUCUAGAAACCACCACUCAGUAAAUAAACUUUCACUCAAUCUCUGCUUUAAAUACAGUCAUGCCCAGGUGCCCUCCAUGCCAAAGACUCUGGUUUCCAUCUCCAACCAAGAAACCUCCAGCAAUCUGAUGAGCUGGGGGUGAGUAGCUGCCAAGAUAUAUGAGGAUAUAAAGGAGGAGAUAGGGGGCUCUAACUACUUCAAAUAAUCCUAAUUGUAGUACUACCUACAGCCCAGCUGUACUGUGAUGCCACGGAUUUAAGGGUACAUCAACUUGCUUCUAAGCCAAUCAACUAUAUUUCAAUAAAAAAUAAAAUUAAAUUUUAAAAAAAGUUGCUUCUAAGCUUUCUUCACUGCUGGCUUCAUUACCACUUCACUGCUAAAUCAGUUACCACACACCCUUCUGUCCUGCAGUUUCUAUUUAAAGUUUUGCUAUUAACUCCUCUCUCUCCUUGACUCCUUUCUAAAAUCCCCUUAUUGCUAUCUUCCUAGGAUUUAGUAAAAGAGUGAAGUAAACGCUAGAUCCCUCAAGUUUAACUGAAAGUCUCCACUCAUUUGCUAACCCUGUGCAAACUGGCUUCAUUCUCAAUCUUCCAUAAACUGUCAAGAUUGAUCUUUCCUAAGAGGUACAGCUGGUCAGAAUACACUUCUUGAAAAUCCUUCAAAGGCUCCCAAACGCUUUCAAAAUAAAGUCCAAAUUCCUUAGCUUGCAAGCCAUUUCCUGAUCUGGCUCCUCACUCCAGUCUCCCCAGUCACACCUAUCCACCACCAGACUGCGUUCACUCCAGUCAAACUGAACCCCUUGCUGGACUUCCAAUGUGUCAGCCCCCUCACACCACCAUGCGCUUGCCUGUGCCUUCCCCUUUUCCACUCCAAGCUCUCAUCCACCUGGUUAACCCUUCAGAUUCAGUUCAAGCAGGAUUUCCUCCCAGAAUCCUUUCUCUGUGUUCCCAGAGACACACCCUGGGGGUAGCCCUAACGAAACAUUUAUCCCACUAUCACGUGAGAGUCCACCUCACUCACCUUUGUAUCCCCAGAGCCAACCACAUUAACAGGCGAUCAGAGAGGGAAAAGGCUGAUAGGAGCCAGCUUCUCAGAAUAUACUGACAGUCAGUGUUUCAGGACUCCCGUUCAGGGGGAAUCGCUAGGGCGAAUAAGGUCACACUCACCAAGUCCAGCUUUCCCCAUGCUCCGAUAGGUGGCGGAGUGGGAUAGGCAAACACAGGGUCCAUGGCUGUCCAGUCUGUAAUACCCCAGAGCUCCCACCAUCAUCACCUAGCACCCAGCAGACGCUCGCUAAAUUCUUGUAGAAGAAAUUAAACACAUGCCACAGGACAGUGUGGUAAAGGUGGACAGGUUUGAAGGGCGUGAAUAUUUCGAUACUGCCUCUUACCACAGGUGGUCACGCGGUGGUGGCGCAGACCUGGGCAUGCGCAGCAGACCCUGGGAGUUGUAGUUCAUCAGUUGAACCGAGAAAGGCGAGACGGUGCUGAGCAUCCCGGGAACUGUAGUGUUAGCUAAGGGGCGCGCUCUGCGCGGGCGCACACCGACAGCCAUUUCCGGGCACUUUUCCGCAGCAUUUCGCAAAAGGAGAGAAUCCCAGAGUAACGAUGGCUACCUACAGCUUGGCGAACGAGCGACUACGCGCCCUGGAAGACAUCGAACGGGAAAUUGGAGCCAUUCUUCAGAAUGCAGGUACAGUGAUCUUGGAACUUUCCAAGGAAAAAACCAAUGAGCGGCUCCUAGACCGACAGGCAGCGGCCUUCACCGCGUCGGUGCAGCACGUGGAGGCGGAGCUGUCGGCUCAGAUCCGCUAUCUCACUCAGGUGGCCACAGGGCAGCCCCAUGAGGGCUCCAGCUACUCUUCGAGGAAGGACUGUCAGAUGGCCCUGAAGCGAGUGGACUAUGCUCGUCUCAAGCUCAGUGAGGUGGCUCGAACCUGUGAGCAGAUGCUGGAAAACUAGGCCAAGCAGGUGAAAAGCUUGGAAGGAGAGCUCCACCUACACCCCAGGACAGAACCUGGAGAGCAUGGGCUGCCCCGUACAUGCGCUGCUGGUCAGAAGCCAUGAGGACAAAGGCACAAAAGGUGGGAAUGGAGAACCUUAAAGACCAAGCCCAUGCAUGGCUGUGCCCUGGCUCCUCUUGCCAUGCACUUCGCCGAGUGCUGACAAGCUCAGAACGGGAGACAGAGACUCAAGACACCCAACCCACUUCCUCAGGUCCCUACCCCAGGCUUCUGGCAGACUUGGACCAAUGAAGACACAUUUUGUUCACUCUAAAAGAUAAAAUGAGAACUAAGGGUUUUGAUAAUAAAAACAAUAAC